AUGGCGUCCGUACCGAGAGGCCUCAUUUCUCGCAUCAGAAGUCACCCUUCACCCUCGCAAUCUCUUCCCGUUUGUAGUUUCUUUCUCCUCCGACCAUUCAGCUCCGAUGCUGGGUUCACUGAAGGUAGUGGAUCCGAUAUCCUCGGGGCUCCGACCCGAAUCAUCGAGGCGAAACCCGGUAAAAUGACCCGGAGCUCUAAAAGGACAGGGAUGAUCGCAGUAAAGUGUGGGAUGACUGCACUCUGGGACAAAUGGGGAGCUAGGGUUCCUAUUUCUAUCCUUUGGGUUGAUGACAACAUUGUCUCUCAGGUUAAGACCAUUGAGAAAGAAGGAAUCUUUGCAUUACAGAUUGGAUGUGGGCAUAAGAAACCAAAGCAUUUGACAAUGCCUGUGUUGGGUCAUUUUAGAGCUCAAGGUGUGGCGUUGAAGAGGAAGUUGAGAGAGUUUCCUGUGACGGAAGAUGCUCUUCUUCCCCUUGGGACAGAACUUGGUGUUCGCCAUUUUGUUCCCGGGCAGUAUGUUGAUGUCACUGGGAUCACUCGUGGGAAAGGUUUUCAGGGAGUCAUGAAAAGGUAUGAUGCGGCUGGAGGGGAUGCAUCACAUGGUAAUUCAAAGGCGGAGCGAUCAAUUGGUUCUACAGGUCAAAGAGAUGAUCCAGGAAAGGUAUUCAAGGGACAAAAGAUGCCUGGGAGAAUGGGUGCAGAGGAGAAAACAGUAAAGAACGUUUGGGUUUACAAGAUUGAUCCUGCCAGGAACCUUAUCUGGGUGAGAGGACAAGUUCCUGGUGCAGAAGGAAACUUUGUGUUCAUAAAAGAUGCGUUUUACAAGAAACCAGACAUCUCGAAGCUUCCAUUCCCAACGUACUUAGCACCAGAAGAUGAGGACCCUUCAGAAUUAGAACCCUUAGUUGCAGAUCUCGGAGAAGUUGACCCGUUUAUGCUGGCAGAGUGA